AUGUAUUCAUCAUAACGUGGUUGUAAUUCGAACAAUAAGUUGUAUCAUGUUGGUGAUGAAAUACGAUCCGAAUUUUUGUUAAUGAAAUGCUCCGAAAAUGGUUACAAAAUAAUUGGUUGCUAUUAUGUUGACAAUAAGAAAGUGAUCGAUAUGAAACCUGGCACAAUAGCUGAGGUGAAUGGAACGAUGCAUCAUUGCGAUGACAAUAACAAUAAUAUUCAAUAUUACACAACAAGUUGUUACAUGGAUGAAAUUGGACGAAAUAUCGAAAUUGGCGAUAUCGUUGUUAAUAAUCAUAUGUUAUACAAGUGCUAUAUUGAAAAUGGUGAGGUGAGAUAUGAACAGUAUCCUUGUGGACUGAGAGGUACGCCAUCGUGUGAAGCUUCGCAACGACAGCAAAUGUCACUUAAAAUGCCAACAGCGCCUAAGCCUAGACCAGGCUUUGGGGCAUUUAGUAUUGCACAGGUAAGAGCUUUAAUUGGCAUUCAUUCUUACAAUGAAAUUAUCCUAUUUGGUAAGGCUGAGAAAAGAAAAUUUAAUUAA